GUGAGCUAGUUCUACGUGCAGGCAUGUCGCGCUUAUUACGGAUUUUAGUAUGAACUAUUGUGUAAAGUCAGUGCUUCGCGCGCCAAUCGCAAGCUUCGACGAUCCAAAGCUUAUCAGGUCGGAAGUGUUUUACGAUCAUUGAGCUCCAGUUUGAAUGCGUUGGAGCUAUUUAUUCGCUUUAGUUCGACGAUCUCAUAACGCGUUCGUGUUUCAACAUGCGUUGGCCACUCUUCUGGUGCCUGGCAUGCUUGCUUUCACCUACAAUUUGUGCUUCAGACUCAGAUGACCAAACUGAAAGUCCUGAUGUGGUAGUGGUGACAGUGGGUACAGAAGAUACCCAUGGAUUGCAAAGAUUUGAAAGAUCAGCACGUAUCUACGGCGUUCAUGUGGAAGUGCUAGGAAGAGGGACGGCAUGGCGUGGUGGUGAUAUGAAGAGACCCGGCGGGGGUCACAAAGUCAACUUACUGCGGGAUUGGAUCAACCAGGCUUAUGAUAGCCUGGAUAGCGACACCCUAGUCAUCUUCACUGACAGUUACGACGUGAUACUUUUAGGGGGCGCUGACGAAUUAAAGGAACGGUUCCUUGCGGCCCGUCACAGGAUUAUAUUCGCCGCGGAACCAUUCUGUUGGCCAGACGCCGGCCUCGCAGCUCGCUACCCCCCACCGGACACCUCAACGCCCAGCCCCUACUUAAACUCUGGCGGGUUUAUCGGGCGUCUUGAAGAUAUGAGGCGAUUAAUUCGAGCUGCGGAAUUAGACGACAAUGCAGAUGACCAGUUGCAUUACACACGGCUCUAUUUGGAUCCUAAAAUUCGUGCUGAUUUGGACAUCGUGUUAGACCACAAUGCUACAAUAUUCCAGACGCUUAAUGGCGCUCUAUCGGAUGUGAAGCUCCACAGUUCGGAAGAAGGUUUUGCCUGGCUAGAAAACGUUGUGAGUGGUACUCGACCGUUGAUUUUACACGGCAAUGGGCCCGCCAAGCUGGAAUUGAAUGCCUUGAGCAAUUACCUACCACGUGUAAGAACACCAGACAGGUGCCACAUCUGCGAAGAGUUGAAAAAGCCCCUAAAAGAUGAACCACGAGUACUUUUGGCGGUAUUCAUUGAGCAACCGACGCCAUUUUUGGACGAAUUUCUGCAGAGUAUACUGGAUAUUGACUACCCUAAGGGAAAAUUGGAGCUACUUGUGCGAAACAACGUGGAAUACCAUGAAACAACAGUAGAUGCUUGGUUUUCGCGAGUAUCCGGCCAAUACGCGAGCGGAAAGCGGCUCCGGCCAGCCGAUCAGUUGCCGGAACAUACGGCCCGGAUGAUAGUUCUCGAACGCGCGACGGCCGGAGCCAGCUCCUAUGUGUUUAGCGUGGAUUCGGUUGCCCGAGUUACCCCUAACACAUUGAGGAGCUUGUUGGAAUGUGGCGUUGAUGUGGUGGCUCCGUUUUUGGCCCGACCCGGCGAAGCUUGGUCAAACUUUUGGGGCGCGUUGUCCCCGGAUGGGUACUACGCGCGAGCGCAUGAUUACAUGGACAUCGUUAAUGGCAAACUAAGGGGGUUGUGGAAUGUUCCAUUCAUUAACAACUGUUAUCUAUUGAAAGUGGAGUUGUUCAGACAGCCACGUCUCAAAGAAGUCACGUUUAAAGUGGAGGGCCGCGACCCAGAUAUGGUAUUCUGUGAGAGUCUUAGAGAACGGGGUGUAUUUAUGUACGUUAACAAUGAGGAGGCGUACGGGCAUUUGAUAAAUCCCGAAUGGUUCGACACUCGCCACACUAACCCAGACAUUUACGAAAUCAUUCAUAACAGACAAGAGUGGGAGGAUCGUUAUAUUUCCCCUGAAUACUGGCAGAGUCUGGAAAAGACAUACGAGCCCUCAAUGCCAUGCCCUGACGUUUAUUGGUUCCCAGUUGUGACUCCACGUUUCUGCAAGGAGUGGAUCGAAAUUAUGGAAGCGUAUGGAAAAUGGAGCGACGGUUCUAACAAGGAUACUCGCUUGGAGGGAGGGUACGAAGCAGUACCGACCCGUGAUAUUCAUAUGAAGCAAGUUGGGUUAGAGACUCAGUGGUUGAGGUUUCUCAAGGAUUACAUAAGACCUCUGCAAGAGAAGACCUUCCUUGGCUACUACCACGAUCCGCCGGUUUCAUUAAUGAACUUCGUGGUGCGAUACCGACCUGAUGAGCAGCCAUCGCUAAGACCUCACCAUGAUUCUUCAACGUACACAAUCAAUUUGGCGUUGAACACCGUGGGAGAGGAUUAUACUGGUGGUGGAUGCAGGUUUAUCCGUUAUAACUGCUCAGUACAGGAUACAAGGCGUGGAUGGAUUCUGAUGCACCCGGGAAGACUUACACACUAUCACGAGGGUCUGAAGGUCAUAUCUGGUACAAGGUACAUCAUGAUAUCCUUUAUUGACCCAUAGAUGUAAGAUUGUCGUAAGGUUCAGGGGUCAAUCAAAUUAAGUAUCAUUUUUAGGUAUGUUAAUGCAAUUAGAUAUUUUAAUUCCUGUAGGAAAGUUUUACAUUUAAGAUACUAUAGGCCUUAUUUGACUAAUACGAAAAGUUAUGGUAUUCCAAUCUAAUGUCUAGAUUUAGGAUUUUAUUUCGAAGCCUGUUACCUAGAUUUUGACUUGUAUGAAAACUAUAUAUUUCGCUUUCAUUAAAUAAUAAAAUUAGUUCAAUAAUGUUAUUUUUUGGCGCAAUAACGUCUUAUUAAUCGAAGAACGCUGCAUGCCGCGGCUGCAUGAACGAAAAACACGAGUCAUUUUCACGUUCCACCUGAGCUGAGUGUAACAUGACUCAUUGUCACGUACCGCCUGAGCCGAGCGUAACUUGACUGUCACGUUCUGACGCACAAGCGAUAGCAUUUUAUUUACAAGUUGUUUGUAAAUAAUCUGUAUAAUCAAAAACUACUAUUUUAAUUAACGAGUGCAAAAUUCUCCUUUAUAUGAUACAAAAUAAGUGAUUAUAAUUCAUAAAAGUGUACAAUUUUUUUUUAUGUUUUCCUUAUGACUUUUCCGAUUUAAAUUUUUUUAAAUAUUGUUUUAAUUUUAAGUUUUAACUCAAAUGUUUCCUAUUUAAGUGAUAAUGCAAUUUGGCAUUUAUUUACGUAUAUGCUUUUACCAAAGAUGUAUGCGAUGUUAUAUGAAAUACAUGUAUUAAUUUUUA